AUGCGUCUAAUUCUUCGUCGAUUUUCUCGGUCAGUAAUUCGCUUGAAACAUGAAGCUCAGAAAUGUUUGAAAGUAGCAGUAAUUGGUCCACCAAAUGUUGGCAAGUCACUGUUGACAAAUAAAUUGGUGAAAGCGGGUGUUGCAGCAGUGAGUUCUCAGAUGGAUACGACACAGAAAAAUCAAACAGCCAUUGUUACUGAAGGCUCAUCACAAUUAGUAUUUGUGGAUAGUCCUGGAACAGUUGGCAUUAGGCAUGCAAGAGAAAUUGUGAGAAGUCCUGACUCACGCAUAUUGAGUGAUCCAGAACAUGCAGUGGAACAAGCAGAUCAUAUUCUAGUGGUACAUGAUGCUACAAUAUGUACUGAUUAUAUUUUACAUCGUGUGCUACAUAUGCUUCAUCGUUAUCGACAAAUUCCGUCGAGUUUGGUACUUAAUAAAAUUGAUCAAGUUAAGCAAAGAUCUGAUUUGUUAGCUCUUACUCGGGUUCUAUGUAAUGGUCUUGUGGAUGGUAAGCCAGUUGUUGUCAAGAAGCAUAGUGGUGGACAAUUGGCCAAGUUAUGUGGCAAAAUAUGCAAAACAUCCCACGAAAUGUCACUCCAUCCUGCGGAAGAAAAAGAGCAAAAUGAACAAUGGCAAGAAAAAUAUAAAGAGCUUCUACAAAAGCCUACACACAAGUGUAGUUGGGGUGAAACCAAACAACUUUUUGCAAAUAUCAAAGGAUGGUCAAAUUUUCAAGAUGUUUUCUUUGUUAGUGCAUUGACUGGCGAAGGAAUAGAUAUGCUACGCGAUCAUCUUCACAAACUUGGUUUACGGAAGGAACAUAUCUUUAAGCAAGAAAUGCUCACUACCAAAAAACCAGCAAUUAUAUGCCAAGAUGCGAUUCGAGCAGAAUUUUUGAAUCGGAUACCGCCUUACAUUGCCUAUACCUUGAAGAUAAGUGUGACAGAAUGGGAUAUGCAAGGUGAAGUGUUACAAAUUCUUGCUGAAGUUGAAUGUAAAAAAGAUCGUAUAGCACGAAUUGUAGUUGGAGAUCAUGGUUUGACAAUUAUAGCCGUUGCUAAAGAAGUUAACGAAUCAUUGCAAAAUUUACUCGCGCAACAAUUAUUUGUACGUAUACUGGUUAAAGUUGGGGGUAAACUGUUCGAUAGUUUACGAUAUAAUGCAGGAAGAAAUAUUACCAAAAAAUCCAUAGGCCUAUAA